UUAGUGCCACCUCGAUUGAUUUUUCGGAAACUAUUAUGACUUUUGUUAGUAAGGAAGACCGUUUCGUAAAGAUACUCUUCUGUUGUUGUUCUCAAUUCACCAUAAAGAAUGAUUCUAGAGCUCGUAUUGUCAAUCUUAGUGCUAUUUGUAACCUACAUGUUGUUCGAUGUUAUUUACAAGAAUUCUUAUUGGCGGAGAAAAGGUGUACCGGGACCGUUCCAGUAUCCGUUAUCCAGCAGCUUCGCUGAGUUGACGAAGAUUGGUCCAGCAAGGUUUGAUGAAAAAUGCAUCCGGAAAUUUGGCAAUGUUUUCGGGGUGUUUGAAGGAUCAAUGCCAGUUAUUGUCAUAUCGGAUCUUGAAAUGCUGAAAUCCAUUAUGGUCAAGGAUUUUACCCAUUUUGUUAACCGAAGAGGUUUUCAACGAGGAAACAAAUCCGUACUUAAUCUAGCACUUACCAAGCUCAAAGAUCAGCACUGGAAAGAUGUUCGCAGUGUUGUGGCACCGACAUUCACAUCAGGAAAACUCCGUCUGAUGACCGCUCUUCUGCAUGAAUGUUGUGAAACCUUAUGCGAGAGCAUAAACACCAUCGCCGAAAAAGGCGCGGAAAUCGAAGCCCGCAGAUUGUAUCUGCCCGCUACGCUCGACAUUAUAACGUCGACCUUUUUUGCCACAAAAGUGAAUUCUCAGGAUCCCAACAGCACAUUCAUGCGGCAUGUGAGGAACGCCUUUGCAACCAAGAUGAAUCUAUUGGUCUAUAUCGCUUUUUAUUUCCCCAGACUUUUGCCACUAGCCGAAAAACUGGGCAUGCAAACUAGCAAUAAGGCCAGCACCGACUACUUCGUCGACAGUAUUAAGGAAAUUAUUCGAAUGCGCCUGGAAACAAAAAAGGCGGCAAUGAGUUCUCAAACACCAUAAAGACCUCUCUGGACACCGAUUUAACCGACACCUCUUCCAAUCACCUGUCCCAAGGUCAACCGGAACAGUCGACAAACUAUAAAAUAACAAUCGAGGAAUUAGUCGCCCAGUCGGUUAUAUUUCUCAUGGCUGGUUACGAAACCACAGCGUCCACGUUGGCAUUCUUAACACACUCUUUGGCAGUGCAUCCCGGAAUUCAGGAACGGCUUCGUCAAGAGAUCUUGGAAGUAGUUGGGG